UCCAGAACGGACCAAUGGCUGGAGGAGAAGCGGUUGAUUGGCAGCUCUGUGGUGGAAGCGAAGCUCCAGCUGUCACGACGCGCCAAAGCUUAAACUGCGCUACGUGAGAGCGGGUCAGGCGGGAGGAAGAGGAGCUGUGUGCGGGGAACCGGGUAAUCUGGGCCUGAAUGUGGACCUAAAGAUCAGAACAAGUUCUUUACUCGGUGGUGUCACAGAAGCGGUACUUUCAGCGUCGGUUCGACUGAGCGGGAUAGUUGGGUUUUAAUCCAGAGGAGCCGUCCGAACUGAGAUGAGCCUGGUUGUGUCCCAGCAGCAGGCUGAAGCGCCGCCAGCAGCGGCCCAGACGACGCCGGACAGCGACUCCGACAGCGGGAUGGGCUCGCCGGCCGAGGAGGCGGUUACCAUGACGACGGCUGACACAAGAGACGCCGUUCCAGAUUCAGACGAUGAAGACGUCGCAGCUCGCAGGAAGCCUCGGCGAAACGCCAUCGUAGACAGCGAGGAAGAGGAGGUGGCGGCAGAGAAGAGCGUGGACUUGGUUGGGGGUCAGAGGUCGCCUGGCUCCAGCGGCGAGGAGGCGGAGCCUGAGGAGGGGGGGCGGAGCAGCAGGACGAUCCGCCAGGCUCCUAAUGACAGCGAGGAAGAGGAGGAUGUGAAGAAGAGGGAGAAGAGUCAGAGAAAUCACGAGAAGAAGAAAAAACGCAGCAAAGCGAUGGAGAUACUGAAGAAGAAGAAGAAAGCGGCGCGGUUCUGUGAGGAAGAGGAGGACGGAGCGCUUCCUGUGGUUCUGAACGACAGCGGCUGUCCUCUAGGAGACCCGGACCUGUUCGACACCGGCCUGGCUGAUGAAGAGGAGGAGGAGGAAGAGUCUCUGGACGCCAUCAGAGCCGCAGUCAGGAUGAAGAUGAGAAACCAGGAGGAGGAAGAGGAGGAGGAUGAAGAGGCUCCAGAGAAACCCCGCCGCGCGGAGAGGAGAGCGGCUCGCGCCAGCAGGGAGGCCAUGAAGCAGCUGCACAGCGAGUCGCAGCGUCUGGUCCGAGAGUCCAGCCUCGGCCUGCCGUACCACAUCCCAGAACCCAAAACCAUCCAGCAGUUCUACAGGAGGAGGGCCCGGCCCCAGGGGCCCGCCAUGGCCCUGCUCAAAUCUUCCAGAUAUUCGGAGCUGAUGCUGGAGACGCCGUCGGCCCCGCCCACCCAGCAGGAGGCUCCGCCCUCCCUGGACCUCUCGUCCAAUCAGAUCCGGUCCUUACCUGCACCUGCAGCCGCCUCCUCCCCACAGCAGCAGAACCUGCCUGCAGAGGAACCGGAGUCCAGUCCGAUGCUGCUGCUCUCAGAAACUCUGCAGCAGUCUCUCGGUGCCGAUUCUGCAGAACUGCUUCCUGACGGUGGACCAGAACAGAACCAAGCAGCCUCAGAACCUCAGUCCGACCCGGUUCCGCCGUCUGCAUCAGAACCAGCCAGAACAAAGGCGGACCGACUGUCUCGCCUGAAGGAGCUGGGAUUGGACCCGCCACCGCCGGCCAAGCUGAGUCCUGACGACGGCGUGUUUGUUCAGCUCGAUCCGCCUCACUGCAACCCGGGAGUGGCGGCCCUGAAGGAGCGCUACCUGCGACACGUCCAGGCGCCCAUUCGUCCGCCGGUGGAGCGCACCGUUCAGCUCACCAUCAUCCGUAAAGACGGCGCCCCCUCUGGCCAGGAGGAGCUGCGCUCAGAGUCCGUUACCGUCACCUUGAAGGAGGGAGCCGAGGAGCCGGCCGCCACCAAGCCGGGAGAGAAGCUGCUGACCCUGAAGCAGCGGCUGCAGCUCGCCAUGGCCCAGCGCCGGAAGGAGGAGCGAGCGCGAAAAGCCGAGCUUCAUCGCCUCGACAACGAAGACUGUGGGGACGAGGAAGAGGAGGAAGAGGAAGAUAUGACAGACGAGUCUGAGGAAGAGAAUGUGGACGACUUACUGGGUGGUGAUGGCGGCGAGGAAGAGGAGGACAAGGAGGAAGAGGAGAGCGCGGCUCGCAGCGUCCGCAGCCUUUCUCCCGCCGCUCAGACUCCGGACCGUUUCCACAUGGACGGGACGCUGAUGCUGUUCCCGGGCAGCUCCUGCUCCCGGACCGGGGACGGGGUGAGGAAGUCUGGACCCGACGUGUCCGGCAAGACCGAGGAGGACGGCAGCCACAACAGCAGCCUGGAGCUGCCCGGCUCCAUGCUCACCUCCUACCAGCCCGUCAACCAGCAGCGCAGCGCGGCCCGCGGGCCCCACGCCGCCGCCCUGCGCUCCCCGUCGCCCUGCUUCUUCCGGCCCAGCAUCCUCGGCUCCGCCUCCAAGAGCUCCGGCCGGCUGUCGGAACCGUCCCUCUGCCUCCCGGUGGAGGACUCCCAGGACCUGUACGCGCCGCCGUCCCCCAGCGCCGCGGGGAGCGGCCCGGUUCUGGGCGGGGACUCCCAGGCCCGGUUCUGCCUGGAGGACGAGGUCCAGUCCCAGCUGCUGGACGCCGACGGCUUCCUGAACGUGGGGUCGCGACCAGGGGCGACCCACAAGAGGCAGCUGCUACUGGACAGCCUGGACGAGAACGCCAUGGACGCCCAGAUGGGGGCGCUGCUGGAGCUCUGCUCCGGCCGCUUCGGGUCAGCACCGACCGGCCCGGCCCAGGACGAGCUGCUGGGGUUCUGCUCCGGAGCGUUCCCGCAGACCGCUUCUGAGGAAGAGGAGGAGAGGAAGGAGGAAGAGGAGGACAAGAUGGAGGAGCUGAUGGGGCUCUGCUCCGGGAGGUUCCCCGGCCCAGAUUCUGCUGACUCGGCUUCACCAGCUGCAGAACGAGAGACGAAGGCUGAGGAAGAGGAGGAGGAGGACGACUGCGAGUUUCGUCUUCUGUCGGAUGUAGAAAGUGAAAAGGAGGAAGAGGAGGAGGAUGAAGAUGAUGUCGGUGAGGAAGAGGAAAAUAAUGAGGAAGAGGAGGAGCUGCAGGGUGUCUUCGCUCCUCGUCGAUCAGAGAAGAAGAAAAUGGCGCUGAUGGAUUACGUGGAGUCGGAGGCGGAGCUCUCAGGAAGUGACAUCGGCAGCGACGAUGAGGAGGGUGACCGAGACAGCGAGUACGAGGAAGAGGAGCUGCUGGAGGAGCUCCCGUCGGACGAAGAGCUUCAGAACCAAGUCAACAAGAUUCACAUGAAGCAGAUCCUGGACGACGACAAGCGGCGGCUGAGGCUGUACCAGGACCGCUACCUGGCCGACGGCGACCUGCACUCAGACGGGCCGGGCCGAGCGCGCCGCUUCCGCUGGAAGAACAUCGAUGCCGGGUUCGACGGGUCAGCCGCGGAUGGAGAGGAAGACGGGGAGGAAGAGGACGACGUGGACCCGGCGGAGGUCCAGAGGAGGAAGGACCGACUGGAGAGGGAGCAGUGGCUCCGAGAGCAGACGGAGCAGAAAACUCUGAAAGGAGAGGAUCCGGACGGAGAGGACGAGCAGAUCGGAGACGAGGACAGUCGGUUCAUGAAGCUGGCCAAGAAACUGACGGCCAGAACGCUGCAGAGGAAAGAACCGCCUCAGUCGGACCAGAGGACCGCAGCUGCUCUGAACCCGUUCCAGAAACCCUCCCAGCCCGUCCAGGUGAGGAGGGGCUCCCUGCUGAGCCAGCCGGCCGCCGUGCUGCAGAAGCUGGCCGGCCUCUCGGAGGGGAACCCGCUGGCUCCCAGGAGCUCCAGAGGAUUCCUGUUCCAAACGCUGUCGCCUGACAAGGCGCCAACAGAGCGCGCUCAGAACCAGGUGGUGAGGAAGAGGAGCCAGGUGGGGGCGGUGAGCCCGGCAGCCAAGCGGCCGUGCAGACAGAACCGAACCGCUGGACCCAACAGGAACUCUCAGAGGAGCAUCUUCAGCUUCCUGGACCACUGACCUCUGACCUCCACCAGUUCUGAUCCAUCUUGGAUUCAGACCGGUUUAAAUGUUUCAUCGUGUAAAUAUUGUCUGAUGAAUUUUAACCUUUGAUGCUGACCGUCUUUGUUUUACAGUGUAAAUAAAAGCAGAUUUUAAGAUC